GAGACUGGACACUAGGGAUCGUAUUGAGUGCCAAAAUGGCGACCUCCUUAGUGAAAGAGGUGGCAAAGCAAGAGCUACCUCCAAAAGGUGGUUAUCCUGCCAUUGUGUAUGCCAGGAAUAUACCAACCAGAGGCCCUUCUGGUAUAGCAUUGUUCCUUGGCGGAGCAGCCGUGAUGGCGUACGGAUUUUAUCGUGUUAUUAUGGGGAACCGAAAACGAUGUGAACUGAGGAAAGAGCAAAUGGAAGCAAGGAUUGGAUUUCUCCCACUUUUACAAGCAGAACACGACAGAAAUUGUCUACGGCUAUUGAAAGAAAAUGAAGAGCUUGAGGCACAGAUCAUGAAAGAUGUUCCUGACUGGAAAGUUGGUGAGAGUGUGUACCACACAGAAAAAUGGGUCACACCUAUGCCCAUUCAAGUUGAAAAGCUGUAACAUAGGUUUCUUUCAUUUGGAUGUACUUAUAUGUAAGUUUCUUGGUGUGGACACAAACUUUGGCACACAUGUAUUUUUUUAUAGAUGAAUCUGUGGCAUGUUGUCAAUUACUAUUUUCAGUUCAGGUUUUCAGAGAGACUCAAGUCCAUCAAUUUUCUGUUCAGUUUUUUUGUUGGGAGUUGAAAGAGUGUCUUGGGGUAAAGAACUUAAACUAGUCUUAACAUGCCUUGUGAAAAUUCUCAGACUAUCUGUUGCAGUUAAAUGUAAUUUAUCUCUGACAAUAAACUUUAAAAGUGAGUGAAGGUAUGGCUUUCUUUAUAAUUGCUCUGAAAUUUGCCAGAUCAGAAAUAAACAUUAUUCAUAACCACAA